UUUCUCUAAUAUUUUUUCUCAUCGGGUGAUGUAUUUCCAUUUUUAUUGAGAUUUGUUCAUUUUCAACUUCAACUCUAAGAAGAUGAAAUUGCAGUGCGAUGUGUGCGAGAAGGCUCCGGCAACGAUGAUUUGCUGCGCGGAUGAGGCCGCAUUGUGCGAUGAAUGUGACGUUGAAAUUCACGCUGCGAACAAGCUCGCGAGCAAGCACCAGAGGCUGUUUCUGCAGUGCCUGUCGAAGAACCUCCCGCCUUGCGAUAUAUGCAGAGAGAAAGCAGCUUUCAUUUUCUGUGUGGAGGAUCGCGCGCUCUUCUGCAAGGACUGCGACGAGCCCAUUCAUUUAUCGUGCAAUCUUGCAAGAAACCAUCAGCGAUACUUAGCUACCGGAAUUCGAGUAGCUUUGAAUUCCAGUUGUGAUAAGGAAAUGUCCGAGGGACAGAUUGAGCCAAAGCCUCCAAAAUCAAAUCCAAAAACGACUGCUUUUGCUGUUUCCUCGCAGCCUGUUUCUGGAUUUGCAUCGCCAUCUUGGGCAGUUGAUGAUUUGUUACAGUUUUCAGAUUGCGGUGUCUUUGAUAAGAAGGAACAGGUCGUGUUUAGCGAGUUCGAAUGGUUGGCAGAUGUUAAUCUCUUCGGCGAAUCAGCUGCAGCCGAAGUGCCUCAGCUAUCAUCGUCUCAGCCGAGCAACACAGUCGCCUACAGAUCUACAAAAUUCCACAGUGCUCACAAGAAGCCUCGAAUCGAAACUCCAGAUCACCACGACGAUCAUUUCAUAGUUCCUGAUCUCGGCUGAACCUUCAUAUAUUUACCGUGUAUCGUUUGUUGCCUGCGUUUUACGUUUUCUUAUCUCUGCAACCUUGGUUCUGUGCUGUGAUAUUGUUAUACGAUUAUAUUUGUUAAACUUCCGUCGA